CAGACAUGGACAGACUUGUUGCACCCAGCCUCAGUCAGCUUACAAAAACCCAGUCCUGCUUCUAACUCUACUCCUGUAUUCCCAACAGCUCCUCCAUACCCUGUUCCCACUCGCUGCACCUAUCCUGCCUUUAACCCUUUACUCAGCCUGAAUCCUCUACUCAGGCCUGAUGCCUCUACUCAGCCUGAUGCCUCUACUCAGCCUGAAUCCUCUACUCAGCCUGAUGCCUGUACGCAGCCUGAAGCCUCUACUCGGCCUGAAGCCUCUACUCAGCCAGACACCGGCAUUCAGCCUGAUGCCUCUACCCAGCAUGAUGAACUGAUCCAGCCUGACGAUCCUAUUAGGCCAGUUGACUCGAUGCCCGCUGUUGAUCCAGAUGAUCCGGUACCUGAUCCGGUGCCCGCUGUCGUGCCAAUUGACUCAGAGCCCGCUGUCGUACCUGGUGACUCGAUGCCCACUGCCUUGCCAGAUGACGCGGUGCCCGCUGGCGAGCCAAAUGACUGAUGCCUGGUGACCCAGUGCCCGCUGUCAUACCUGGUGACCCGAUGCCCGCUGUCAAGCCAGACGAUCCAAUGCCUGGUGACCCGGUGCCCGCUGUCGUGCCAAUUGACUCAGAGCCCGCUGUCGUACCUGGGGACUUGGUGCCCACUGCCUUGCCAGAUGACGCGGUGCUCGCUGGCGAGCCAAAUGACCUGAUGCCUGGUGACCCAGUGCCCGCU